CAAUCUUGGCGCCGAGGUGGCUCCACUAUGGCGUGACUGCGUGAGCAUAGCUCCACUAUAGAGUUAAAGUACUAUUUAGAAGUAUAAGAUAACUUAUAAAUAUCAUUAUAGAGAAGAUGAUUUUGAGAAUACGGUAAGAGAAGUCUGUUAAAAAGAGUGUUAUAAUAGGGGAAAAAAACUCCCCUCGCUCCUUCACCGGCGCUUCCUCCCGAGCUGCCUCCGCUCCGCCGCCAGCUGUCCCCUCCCCAGCGCGUCAUCCGUCUGCACGCCACCGCCUAUCCACUCGCCUGCACAUCGCCGCCCUAGCAGAGACGUCUGCACAUCGGCGCCUGGAGGACGAGAAGCGAGGAAGAAGACCCACACUCUCCUGGAAAACGCAUCACAAGACUUCAGCCUCCCUUUCCGGCCGGAGAUCCGACUCGCGUCUCCGCGACAGAUCCGGGCAAACGGCGGCUGAUGCAGUUCUUCGGCGGUUCGUCGCUGACGUCGAUCGCGCCGGAGGCGACCCCAGCCCCGGCGGCGCCCCCCGGCACGGGCACGGGCGCCAGCGCGCAGGUCCUCUACGUCUUCAACCGUAACGGCGUCUGCCUGCUCUACCGCGAGUGGCAUCGCCCGCUCCGCACGCUCGAUCCCACCCAGGACCACAAGCUCAUGUUCGGACUCCUCUUCUCCCUUCGCUCCUUCACCGCCAAGAUCGACCCAACCACGGCUGAAAAGGGAAAUCUUGGAGUGCCACUGCUGCCAGGCCAAGGUUGCUCGUUUUAUAGCUUCAAGACAAACACAUACAAACUGAACUUCAUGGAGAGCCCUUCUGGUAUAAAGCUUAUAUUAAUUACACAUCCAAGGACUGGUGAUCAGCGAGACUCGCUAAAGCAUAUAUACAAUCUAUAUGUGGAAUAUGUUGUAAAAAAUCCUCUGUAUGCUCCUGGAACACCAAUCAAGUGUGAACUUUUCAAUAAACAUCUCGAUCAAUACGUGAAAACAUUAAUUUGAUGCCAUUGAGAAAUCUCCGAGCACAUGCAGCUGCAAAUAUUCAAGCAAUUCUGGAUAAAUUUUAGACUCAUCAGACCCACAUGUAGAAGUCUUGCGCACUCGUGCUGAUUCGUCAACAUGGGUGGAAAAUUCAAGGUACCCGCGGCAAACAGUUCAUUUAAUUCCAACAUUAUCCCAUAUUUUCUUUUUGCAGUUUGACGUCACUUCUGGAAGAAGCGACACAUUAUCAUUUCAACCAGUAUAGGGUAAUUGUGUAAUGACUUGCAAUGUAGUCUCAUUUUCAACUUUGAAUUACAAACAGGGUAACACGCGCC